CCAUGGCGCUGAAGAUGGUGAAGGGCAGCAUCGACCGCAUGUUUGACAAGAACCUGCAGGACCUGGUGCGCGGAAUCCGCAACCACAAGGAGGACGAGGCAAAAUACAUCUCCCAGUGCAUUGAUGAGAUCAAGCAGGAGCUAAAGCAGGAUAACAUUGCAGUGAAAGCAAAUGCAGUCUGCAAACUUACAUAUUUACAGAUGCUGGGCUACGACAUCAGUUGGGCUGCUUUCAAUAUUAUUGAAGUCAUGAGUGCAUCAAAGUUUACAUUCAAAAGAAUUGGUUACCUAGCUGCCUCUCAGUGCUUUCAUGAAGGAACUGAUGUAAUUAUGUUGACUACUAAUCAGAUCCGAAAGGAUCUGAGUAGCCCUAACCAAUAUGAUACUGGAGUUGCACUGACUGGCUUGUCCUGUUUUGUUACUCCAGAUCUUGCCAGGGACUUGGCAAAUGACAUCAUGACACUGAUGUCUCAUACUAAGCCUUAUAUCAGGAAGAAGGCAGUGUUAAUCAUGUACAAAGUUUUUUUGAAAUACCCAGAGUCCCUCCGUCCCGCAUUUCCUCGCCUUAAAGAGAAACUUGAAGAUCCAGAUCCUGGUGUGCAGUCUGCUGCAGUAAAUGUUAUUUGUGAGCUGGCUCGACGCAAUCCCAAAAACUACCUUUCCCUUGCUCCACUCUUUUUCAAGUUGAUGACGUCGUCAACCAAUAAUUGGGUUCUCAUUAAAAUUAUAAAACUGUUUGGUGCUCUUACUCCAUUAGAACCUAGGCUGGGAAAGAAACUGAUUGAGCCUCUGACCAACCUCAUCCAUAGCACCUCAGCCAUGUCUCUCUUAUAUGAAUGUGUGAACACAGUAAUAGCAGUUUUGAUUUCUCUGUCCUCUGGGAUGCCUAAUCACAGCGCUAGCAUCCAGCUUUGUGUUCAGAAGUUAAGAAUAUUGAUAGAAGAUUCUGACCAGAACUUGAAAUACCUGGGACUGUUAGCUAUGUCCAAAAUCCUGAAAACGCAUCCUAAAUCAGUUCAAUCUCACAAGGAUCUCAUUCUCCAGUGUUUGGAUGACAAAGAUGAGUCUAUCCGACUCAGAGCUUUAGAUCUCCUGUAUGGCAUGGUAUCGAAGAAGAACUUGAUGGAGAUAGUGAAGAAACUGAUGAUUCACGUGGAUAAAGCAGAAGGGACGACAUACCGGGAUGAGCUGCUGACCAAAAUCAUAGAUAUUUGUAGUCAGUCCAAUUAUCAAUAUAUCACAAACUUUGAAUGGUACAUAAGCAUCUUGGUGGAGCUGACCCGAUUGGAAGGCACACGGCAUGGGCAUCUUAUAGCAGCUCAGAUGUUAGAUGUAGCUAUCAGAGUUAAAGCUAUUCGUAAAUUUGCAGUUUCUCAAAUGGCCAUGCUUCUGGACAAUGCUCAUCUCAUAGCCAGCAACACCCAGAGAAAUGGGAUCUGUGAGGUGCUUUAUGCUGCUGCUUGGAUAUGUGGGGAGUUCUCUGAACACCUUGAGGAAGCAAACCAAACUUUAGAAGCAAUGUUGAGGCCUAAAGUUACAACUUUACCAGGCCACAUCCAGGCGGUUUAUGUCCAGAAUAUGGUGAAGCUCUAUGCAUCCAUCCUACAGCAGAAAGAGCAAUCUGGGGAAAAGGAAGGAGCUCAGGAAAUUACACAGCUGAUGAUUGAGCGUUUACCUCAGUUUGUACAGAGUGCCGAUCUAGAAGUUCAGGAGAGGGCUUCCUGCAUCUUGCAACUAAUAAAAUAUAUUCAGAAGCUACAAAUAAAAGAAGUACCUGUAGCUGAGGAAGUGAUAGCCCUGUUUGCUGGUGAGCUGAACCCUGUGGCUCCUAAAGCACAGAAGAAAGUACCAGUUCCAGAGGGCUUGGACCUUGAUGCCUGGAUCAAUGAACCUCCAUCAGACAGUGAGUCUGAAGAUGAAAAGCCUAAAACAAUUUUUCAUGAUGAGGAACAAAGGCAUUCCAGACAUAGACAGCCAGAAAUAGAUGAAGAGGAACUGGCCAGACGUCGAGAAGCCCGGAAACAAGAACAGGCAAACAACCCGUUUUAUAUUAAAAGCUCUCCUUCCCCACAGAAGCGAUAUCAAGACACUCCAGGUGUGGAACAUAUACCCGUGGUCCAGAUUGACCUUUCUGUCCCCUUAAAAGUUCCAGGAAUGCCUAUGUCUGACCAGUAUGUGAAAUUGGAGGAGGAGCGAAGACAUAAACAGAAGCUGGAGAAAGAUAAGAAAAAGAAAAAACAGAAAAAGGAGAAGAGAGGUAAACAUCAUCGCCAUAAUUCUCUGCACACGGAGAGUGAGGAGGAUAUUGCUCCAGCUCACCAUGUCGAUAUCAUAACAGAAGAGAUGCCAGAGAAUGCUUUGCCCAGUGAUGAAGAUGACAAAGAUCCCAAUGAUCCAUAUAAGGCACUUGAUAUAGAUCUGGAUAAACCCUUAGCAGACAGUGAGAAGCUGCCAGUGCAGAGACACAGAAAUGUUGAGACCCUAAAGUCACCAGACUCAGAAGCUCCCCUAGUAGAGAAGAAGAGCAAGAAACCCAAAAAGAAGGAAAAGAAACACAAAGAAAAAGAGAGAGAGAAAGGAAAGAAGAAAGAGAAAGAGAAAAAGGUAGUAGAGGAGGAAGAAGAAAAAAAGGGGGAAGACUUGGAUUUCUGGCUCUCUACUGCUCCACCACCUGCUUCCUCUACCCAGCCACAGAGUGAGCCUGAAGUGGGUGCUGCUGUUGUGCCUGAAGCUCAAGAGGUAAAAAAGGAAGAAAGGGAAGAGCGAGAGGAAGAGGAGGAGGAGGGUGAAGGAAAGAAAUCCUCCAAGCAUAAGAAGAAAAAGCACAAGAAAGAGAAAGAUGAGAAAUCAAAGGAUAAAAAGAAAUCCAAAAAGAAGAGUCAUCACAGUGAGGAGGAGACAACAGAGUCAGUGCAGAAUGGAACACUAGAUGAUGAACCACUACCACCUAUGUCCAGUUACCGCCUUCUUGCUGAAAAUCCAUAUAUUAAAAUGACCUACGAUAUUCAAGGAAACCUCCAGAAUGAUAGUCAAGUUACUGUCUCUGUUAUCUUUGAGAACAAAAGCACUAGCUUCCUUAAGAGCAUGGAACUAAAUGUCCUGGACUCUCUCAACACUAAAAUGCUCCGACCAGAAGGAUCAUCAGUACAUGAUGGGAUACCUGUGCCCUUUCAGCUCCCCCCUGGAAUCUCUAAUGAAGCCCAGUUUGUGUUUACACUUCAGAGUAUUGUUAUGGCUCAGAAGUUAAAAGGAACACUGUCCUUUAUAGUCAAAAAUGAUGAAGGUUCAACCCAUGAAAAACUAGAUUUCAAAUUGCACUUCAGUUGCGCUUCAUACUUGAUCACGACGCCUUGCUAUAGUGAUGCUUUUGCCAAGCUCCUAGAGUCUGGAGAUCUGCACAUCAGUUCUAUUAAAGUAGAUGGAAUUAGCAUUUCUUUCCAACAUCUACUGGCAAAGAUCUGUUUUCAUCAUCAUUUUUCAGUUGUGGAACGCGUUGAUUCAUGUGCAUCAAUGUACAGUCGUUCUAUCCAAGGCCAUCACGUCUGCCUACUGGUAAAAAAGGGAGAGAACUCUGUAUCCAUAGAUGGGAAAUGUAAUGAUUCCACCCUGCUUAGCAACUUGUUGGAUGAGAUGAAAGAGACAUUGUCCAAGUGCUGAAUAUUCCCUACGAAAUAUUCCAACUACAAGAAACACACCUAAUGUGUAAAGACGAGCAGACCCAAGUGUUAAGUUUCUCCCUCGUACGCAUGUACUAUCCUGGGGCACGUGCUUUUCAGUUAACUCCACCAUUGUUUGCAGUUUAGACAUUUUAAGGCUGUAUGUUACCUUUUUAUUUCAAAACUUUUUACAAACUGUGGUGUUAACCCUUUCUAGCCCAAAGAGAUCCUGGUGACAUGACUGGAGGAGGGAGGGAGGGAGGGAGUGGCGCUAUUUAUUCAGCAGCUCAUGAUGAUCCCAUAAACCUUGCCAUCUGCGUGGGAUGGUGGACUAAGCAGAAUUUUAUCAACAGUAGCACAGAGUCUGUUGCUUGUGCUUAUUGCCAGGGAAGGUUGACUUGAUUCUUAGCCAUGGAAUAUGGCUUCAGGGCUGCUGUAGUUGAUGUAUAUUUCUAGCAGAGGCUGGUGCUGGACCUGAAGGCCUCUCUUUUUUU